CUAAUUUAUUAUGACUGACAAUCAGGAAGGACGCUCCAGUAUAAAAAGUAGUGAGGGCAAGAACCCUAGCUUCGUAUCAAACACUGAACAAGCUGAGGCUGAUAACGGAUACUUUGAAUCUAAGUUAGAAGAAUUCAAAUACUAUUUCAAUGACAAUUCUAGUCAGAAUAGAUCCAAUAAUACCCAAUUUCAGAGAACUCCAGAAGGGGAUGCUUCUAGGGUUAAGACUAUGAUCACAAUUUAUGAAUUCAUCCUCAACAAGAAUAAAGAAAUGCUGAAUGCCAUCAACAAGGAGAGGAAGAACAAUGAGCAGUAUCGUCGACAACUACCGCUUUUAUUAGAGCGACUCCAGUGCUUAAAUGAAGCAUGCAUCAAAAAGGAAGAAAUGAUCAAGCAGACUGGAGAAUACAUGCAAGAGAGUGAGAACCAGAUAUUUGAACUGAAGCAAGAGCUUCAUGAAAAAGAAACUCUUAUUCGGGAUCUUAACAAGACCGUCUCGGAUCAGAGAGAGAAACUGGAUUCAAAAUACUUUGAUGCAUCCAUGACUAGUUUUGACUCUAAAAUGAACGACUCUAGGGUCUUAUCCAGGAAAAGCAAGAAUGGAGAGACUAGCUUCCAUAAUGAAGCUGAUUUUGAGACUAUUCAGGAGCUCAAGGAUGACAUCGGCCAACUUCUGAAUGAAUAUAAGAUUGUUGAGAAACAAAAAGAUGAGUUCAGUGAUAAGUACGACCAACAAGUUAAAGUGAAUAAAGAGCUCCUCAAUGAUAUUGCCAAUAUGGAGAUUGUCAUCACUGACCAAAACAACCAAAUUAAGAACAUGAGGGAAAAACUUAAGUUGAACUUUAAAGAACAGAAGAGAAACGAGCUUUUAGUAAGAAAUUUUGGAAAAUUGAAGCAAUCUUAUGAAACCUCAGCAGACGACAAUCACAAUGAGAAUUUAAACGACCUUAAUGUCAGUGCUAAUAUCUCAAGGCAAGUUGAUCUCAAUGGGUUCAAAGACGAUAAAGGUAAAGAAGAGUUUUCAUAUGAGCAUAUUGAUGAAGAGACUAUCAAUGAUGCUCUAAACUUAUCAUACCAAGUAUUGAACCCUGGCUUGAUUAGUCAGGAUAUUAGCCCACUUAUUUCAAGAUCAAGAAAGAAGAAAGACUCAGGAUCUACAACUGCAGAGGGUGAUUCUCAGCCAAAGGCAUGGGGAAAUAGAGUUUAUGGAUCUAUUGAUGAUUUUGCAAAGAGCAAGCUAUCUCAAAGUAUAUGAGUGACAAAAUUAAACGAAAAUAAAAUUUUAACAAAGGAUGAAGAUGAUUCAGACGAUAAUCAAAACGAGAGUCAUGAGAAGAGCUCGAAUAAUAAGUCUUCAUCUAAGAGUAAUCAGAACAGCAUGUUUAGUUUCCAAGGUGAGACUAAAGAGAAGCCAAGUCCAUCGAGAACGGGAAGAAGUGGAACAGAUGAAUUUGAUAAUGAUAAAGAUGAUAUGCAAUCUCUAGAUAAGGCUAGUAAAAUGCUUAAGAAGACUAAUAAUGAGGCUAGAGGAGAGGAAGACACUCAACUCCUAAGAGAGGUUUUCCAUAAUCUCGGCCAGACAGACUCUGUAAACCCUAAUCAGGAAAUCAGUGCAUUAGGGUUCAAUGAGAGUCAGUUCCAAGGGAUUGGAGAUGACAGCCAGUUCAAUGAUGUUUUAGAUAUCUCUGCAUUUCAGAAAAAGUCUAUUCUAGAGAAAUACGAAGAUUUUGAAGACACAAGAGAUGAAGGACUAAUGAAAAGAAACCGGUUGCCAAGUGAGGCAUAUGGCAUGGAGACAAAUGAAGGGAACAGGAAAAGUGAUUUCUCAAAGCCAGGAUUCUUAAAAUCCCCUAAUAAUAUCUUCGACCAGCCACAGAACUUCCCUGAGAUAGAUGCAUCAGCCAUCGGAGUAGAUGCUCUCCAUGUGAUCGACAAUGAAUUUGGAGAUGGAAGCUUUAUUAACCCAGACGGAAAGACUAAAGUUCCUGCUGAGAAAAAUGAAGGAAGUUUUGAGGACAAAGUUAAUACUGUGAAGCCUCAAGUUAAAGAAAAUGACAAAGAUAAAGAUUCUGAAGGCACAAAGAUGCCUGAUAAUAUGAGGUUUAGUCUUACAGGAAAGAAAACUAAUGUUCAAAAAUAUAAAAAUGAGCUGGAAUCAAGUGGAACAUUUGGACAAGAUCCUGAUUCCCCUGAAAAGCUUCAACCUGAUAAUAAAGAAAUCACUGCUUUUGGGAAGCAAUUGAGUAAGAUCACUGGUAAAAAGACGUCUCCAGUAGUCCAAAAGAGGUUGAGUGGGAAUCUGUCAGAUUAUGAUCCUACUAAUCCAGAUCAAGAUCAUACUAAGCAAGAGAACUUUUGAGAAACAUUUAAGCCUAAGAAUAAUGCUCCUAAAGACUACAAGAUGGACAAAGAACAAGAAGAAAAAUAUGAACUUAAUGUAAUGAAUGAGCUAGAUAGCUUUGGGAUGACUCCUCAGAAAAUCAAUACAAAUGGAAGUAUCGUUGAAGAUGACGAAGAAGGUUCUCCAUCUAAAAUCCAAGUACUCCCUUCAAAUCAAGAAGUUGAGAAUGCUUUACAUAGCUCAGGCACUUCUGACAAGGUUCAGAAAAUCUCCUUUGUUGAAGAAUAUGACGAGGAAGAAGAACGGAAAUAUAACACAAAUGAAAGCCCAAAGAAGAUGCAACUUAUGCCUCCAAGUAUGACAUCUGAAUCAGGAAGCUCUUAUGGUCAUGCAAGAAAUUACACAGAGACUGGAUUAGAGGAUGGCCAAAACCCAAAAGUGUAUCAUAUCAGACAUAAGAGUAAUGCUGAUCCUGAACAAGAGGACCUGAUGCGUAGAAAAGCAAAUACUUGUCGGGAGGAUUCUGACCUUCCUUCUUCCUCCUUAGAUUGAGAUAUGUACUCUCUAGAUCCAGAACAGAACAAACAAGCUUUCUUCUGAAUUACACCUAUGGCAUUAUAAAGAUGGGUAAAAGCGGAGCUCCAGUAGACCCCAAGACUGGCAAAUUUAGACGAGCAGGGAAGGACGUAAAAUGGCCUUUACAAGACGGCUCCAACAGCGACAUGGAUGCUGACUUCCUUAACAACAUGUAUCAACAGAAGAGGAAGAAGAAGAAGAGGAGCAUGAAGAAGAAGGUCAGCUUGACUAAACUCCAGAAGAAACAGAGGCAUAGAGUACAAAAAUCCACAGAAUUCCUCUUUGGCAAAGUCCUUGACAAUGAGUAUGACCUAGACGAUCAGUAUUUCGAAGAGCUCUAGGCAACUAUGCUUAAGCGAUAUUAAGAAAUUUAGCAUGAAGACAAUU